CUCGUACCCGGAACAACAAAGCACGAAAGACGGAGCCCGAGCCUCGGGGGCUCCUAGCAACGGGCCGGGGCGGGAGUUCCAUGGAGACUGGGGAGCGCGCUCGCCUCAUCAUCAUCCUUGUCCUCCAGCUUAUCCUUCGCUUCCGACGCCACCGGCAGCAGAGCUGCCGCCGGGUCCUCUGCCGCCGCCGCCUCUUCCCACGGAUGUGAUCUUCGUGGUGGGAAGCUAAGUUUUUAAACUACCCCAAUGGAUGCAGACAGUGAUGUUGCAUUGGACAUUCUAAUCACAAAUGUAGUCUGUGUUUUUAGAACAAGAUGCCAUUUGAACUUAAGGAAGAUAGCUUUGGAGGGAGCAAAUGUAAUUUAUAAGCGUGAUGUUGGAAAAGUAUUAAUGAAGCUUAGAAAACCUAGAAUUACAGCUACAAUUUGGUCCUCAGGAAAAAUUAUUUGCACUGGAGCAACAAGUGAAGAAGAAGCAAAAUUUGGUGCCAGACGUUUAGCCCGCAGUCUGCAGAAACUAGGUUUUCAGGUAAUAUUUACAGAUUUUAAGGUUGUUAACGUUUUGGCAGUGUGUAACAUGCCAUUUGAAAUCCGUUUGCCAGAAUUCACAAAGAACAAUAGACCUCAUGCCAGUUAUGAACCUGAACUUCAUCCUGCUGUAUGCUAUCGGAUAAAGUCUCUAAGAGCUACAUUACAGAUUUUUUCAACAGGAAGUAUCACAGUAACAGGGCCCAACGUAAAGGCUGUUGCUACUGCUGUGGAACAGAUUUACCCAUUUGUGUUUGAAAGCAGGAAAGAAAUUUUAUAAUUCAUCACUUAAUUGGUUAGAAUCUCUAACUGAGCACCUUUUAAAACCUGCUGCACAUUGGACUCACAACAAAAGGAAAACUGGACCAACGGUAAUUGAGGAAAUAGACUCUUUUAUUCAUUCACGGCUGCAGUGUAAGCUCCAGUCCCUUUGGAUUUUAUUCCAAACCUUGCUGUAAUAUAAAAAGGAAGUUUACAAGACAUGACAUUGCUGCUUUUACAAAAGGACAUUCUAUUUAUUUUCGCAGUAAUUCUCAUGUCCCCAUAAGCAGAGCUGUCACAGUGUGCACUACCUUAGAUUGUUUUAUUGUUGUCAUUGUUAUUUUUUUCCAGUUUGAGCUAAUGUGUUUUAUUUGUGAAUAGUCUUUUACAUUUUUGUAUGCUGAAUAUGGGCACCAAAGAACCUGUAAAAGUUAUCUUUUUCAAUUGAAUGUGCACAAAUAAAAGUUUGGAAAAGA